AUGAAAAGUUCCCAUCAAAACAAAAACCAAUAAAGUAUUCUCUCUUUUCUAACUUUUUAGCUAAUUCUCCAGUAUAAUUCAUAUAUGGCAAAAAACUAGUUNAUAACAUUACAUAAUUACAUGAAUAUUUUACUAAUCAUAUGAAAAAGAAUAAUAAUAAUACUAAUAUCAAUAAUCCAUUAAAAAUUUUAUAUUAACCAUUAGAGGAAUAUUUCAAAUUAUAUAAUUCAAGCAUUUCUAGUUUUGUUCUCACAAGUGGAGUUACAUGUAAUUAUAUCAUUAAUUUAAUUUAGUGGAUCUCUAAGAAUAUAAUAUGAAAAUUCUAAAAAUUUUAUCUGAUUGUAUCUAUCACUAGUAAUAAAAGAGAGUAAUGUCUCAAGAAAUGAAUCUAAUAAAGGAUUUUUAAGAAUAUUUCAAAAAAUUAUGGAACUCUUAAUAUCAGAUAUACAAAUUAUAUGAUCAGAUAGCUUAUUCAAUAAAAAAAAGCAAUUUAAAAGAUACUAAAAAGUUAUUAGAUUGUGUAUAUUAAUUAAAAUUAGAAUCAAAUAUUGAAAUGAAAGAUUAAAUAAAAGAUCUAAUAAAAGAUGAAAUAAGUAAAUACAACAAUUAACCAAAUCCAAAACUCUUUGUUAAAGGAAUAUAAAGUAUUUCAGUCUAUGAUAACUUUCAGAAGAUAUCAAAUGAAAGUCCUAUUUAUAUAAUAUGGAAUUAACUCAGUAAUUUUCCCUUAAUAGUAACUGAUAAAGUUGAGUUUAGUAAAUUAAAUGUUCUUAAGACAGCACUUAGAGCUUAGAGUCCUAUUAAUUUUUGCAUUUAUAAGAAAUUAAAAUCAGCAAGUUAUUAGGUUGCUAAUUUUAGAGAUAGAUUGAACAAUGAAAUUUAUAGUUAGGGACCCUUAUAAUUAGGAAAUGUGAAAUAAAAUUAAAAUAAGACAAUUUGUUCUAUCUGUCAAUAAGUUAUCACUAGUCAUGGGUUGUUUUGUAGUUCAUGUUAACAUGGAGGUCAUUAUGAACAUAUGCUCUAAUGGAAAUAAACAUGUGCAGUUUGUGAUUGUGAUUGUAGAAAAUGA